AUGCUGGCAGCUGAAAUAAAACCAGAAGCUGUGUGGAAGUCGGUACGACCUGGUAAGAUCGGUUGGACCAAGGAUGAUGUGGACAGGCUGGCCAAGAAGUGGAUCGAAACCUUCCCGCAGAAAGCAUAUGACUUGGUCCGCAAUAACCGUUUGCAGCCCGGGUCCCAAAUUCCCAGGUUUGCUCAUCCAAGGCCCAGAGAGCAGCGAAAGUCUCCAACGCGCAGCCGCAAGCCGAAGGAAGACCCGUUGGAGGAGAGUGAUGAUCAGCCAGAGCCUUUGGCAGACCAGAGUCCUGCUGAAGGGAACGGAGAACUUUCUUCGGGUGGGGAAGGCGAGGCAGGUGAAGGUGAGCCGGGUUCCGACUCUGAUGUUGGGAUGACCGAUCAGGAUUCCAGCAGUGAGUCUGGGAGCAGUGAGUCUGGGAGCAGUGAGGGUGUGGAAGUUGUGGGUGAGGUUGACAUGACCAAGCCGAUCCCCGACUACAAUCCUGAGUUGUGGCCCGAUAACCAGUUGGGACUUCUCCCAUCCGACCAUGAAAAGCUUAGCAGUUGUGAUGGUGAUGAUGAAAGCCAACCUGAAGAAAACCCAGUGCCCAUUCCUGAUGAGAACCUUUCUCGGGAGGACAAGUUGAAGAAUUUUUGGAAGAAAUUUGAACGACCCUUUCCUCGCCCCAGCAGUGCCGGAUCUUCCCAAGACCUCCCUCCGGUUGCCCCCAAUGGUGGUGUUUCCCAGCCAGAGCCAAUGCUUGAAGAUUCUGUUGAAGAGAUUACCCGGGAAGAGAAGGUAGAAAAGUUUUGGGAGAAAUACCAAAAGGCUCGUACCAGAAUGGAAGAGGUUGCACUGGACCUUCCUGCUGUUCCACCUGGGUAUGAAUCCAAUUCCGAUUCUGAAGAAGCGGCAGAUUCCUCACAUGGUUCCCUUUCCCAAAGCACUAUGAGGUUGUCGGAGGCUGGCCAGGACGAGCCCGCACAGCCAGUGGCAGCAUUCCCGAACAAGAAGAAGGAAAAGAAGGUUGCAAAGGUGAAUGGCAAGUCCAAAGCGUCGAGCAAAAAGGCAUCGGUCAGCAAGAAGGCUAGCUUUAGCUUCUCGGCAGCAAGUUCGCGUGCGGGUGUGAAGGCCAAAGAUGUGAAGUCAGCACCAGUCACCUAUGGAACCUAUGACAUCAGCAAGUUGCCUCAAGAAGCAUACCCUGAUGGCUCCCGUAGAAAUCAAGGUUCCCAUAGUUACACGUUGGGGGAUGGCUCGGCAUCAAUCGAAGUGUUGCUUCAGAAGGAAGCCUUUUUUGUCAAGAAGGUUGGCCCCAAAGGUACUGGACCUGUGGGGCAGGUCUCAUGGGCCAAAAACAAUGGUGUAAAGUCUGCCUGGUCGAUUGCAAAAGAGCGAUCUGGCCUGCCCUUUUCCUAG